AUGAGCAAUCACUCAGAGUCUGUCAGAAGCUUCAUUGCUAGAGCUGAUCUGAGAAGGAACUCGAGCUCUACUACAGGCAUAUCGCACUUUAUGGUGACCCUAAUAGUAAGAAUCCUAUCUCCAUAUUGGACGGACCGCCACAGGACUCCAGAGAUCAGAGAAAGAGGAGCUGUGAUUCUGCUAGGGAUUUCAGGACAGAUGCUGAUUGCAGCAGUGAAGAUGAACUAUCCGAAGAAAUGGAAACUUAUUUUGAAGACACUGAUUGCAGUGAAGAACUAUCCGAUUCUGGAAUUUUUUAUGGCGUUUCAGUGUUCGGUUAACAUGGCGUGA